CGGCCCCUCGGCUCAGGCGUCCCGGCAGCGCCGGCACUGCUGGGAGCCGGGGAAGAUUGAGCCGUAGUGGUGCGUCCCCCGUGGAGCGUCAGUGGGCUGCCGAAGAGCCGGGGUCCCGGCCGCCCCCUGCUUUUGGGCAGGUAACCGGCAGCGGGGACAGGGCCGGGGCACGGUGGGUACCGGGGAUCCUGCGUGCCCUCGCAGGGAGGCUGCGAGACCGGGGAACAGCUGGGCGGCUGCCCACAUCUGGAGCAGGGCGGCCGAGCGGGGAAUAAUCCGGAGGAUUAUGCAGGCGGGCGCGGCACCCACCCCCCCGCGCCUGCCCUGCAUAUCCCCAGAUAUUCCAUAAAAACCUCAAAUCCCCGGUGGCAGCCCCACGGUCUGCGCCAGCCAGCCCCCCCCCGGGGCCAGGCAUGUCCUGCGGCGUGGGGGCAGCCCCCAGCCAUGGGCAACUGCACCAAGACCCCUGAGCGGCGGCUCCCCAAGGUACGGCAGGGCUGCGAUACCCCGCGGGGCAGCGGGAGGAGGAGGAGGAGGAGGGGGUCCCUGCUUGGCUCCCCCUCGCCGCUGAUGCCUGCUCCACCCGCAGGAUGGGAAGCCGCGCUCGGGCGCUCCAGGCUCCGGCACAGGGGACCCCGAGGACGUGCUGGACGCGGCGCAAACCCCCCCGAUGCAGGGAUACUCGGUGCUGCAGGGGCUGGUGGGGCCGGCCUGCAUCUUCCUGCGGCAGAGCAUCGCCAUCACCCAACGGGUACGACCGGGAGCUGCGGCCCGAGGAGAUUGAAGAGCUGAAGCAGGCGUUCCGGGAGUUCGACAAGGACCACGACGGCUACAUCAGCUACAAGGACCUGGGCGAGUGCAUGCGGACCAUGGGUUACAUGCCCACAGAGAUGGAGCUCAUCGAGCUGUCCCAGCAGAUCACCGGGGGCAAGGUGGAUUUUGAUGAUUUUGUGGAGCUGAUGGGCCCCAAGAUGCUGGCGGAGACGGCGGAUAUGAUUGGGAUCAAGGAGCUGCGUGACGCCUUCCGUGAGUUUGACACCAAUGGGGACGGACAGAUCAGCAUGGCUGAGCUGCGGGAGGCCAUGCGCAAGCUCCUGGGGCAGCAGCUCAACUAUCGGGAGGUGGAUGAGAUCCUCAAGGACGUGGAUCUCAAUGGCGAUGGCCUGGUGGACUUUGAAGAGUUUGUGCGGAUGAUGUCACGCUGAGAGCCGUGUCUGCCAAUGCGGGACCCAAGCCCCCCGUGCCUUACGAAGAGGAGGGGACCACAGAGGGACCCCCAGGUCCAGGGGCUGGGGCAGUGCUGGCACAGCGAUGCCUAUGCCUGGGGUGAGGCCGGGUGCCGGAGCUGCUCCGAUGCUGAGGUCUGACUGUGGUGGGAGGCACCGGGGCUAAAGUCGGGACCCUUUUCGGCACAGGCUCAGCUGAGCUUCGACCACUCUCGCCCUCAUCUCUGCUCUCUCCCUGCAUCAUCCCCUUCCCAUCCGGACCUCAUCCUAAAAGUCACACCAUCGUGGUCCCCUCUCCUUCAGCUGUGCCCCAUCCCUGCUGCUCAUCUCUCCAGCCUCCAUUCCCACUCUGGGUACCACACUGAGCCCCUCAGGCUCCCUCCAGACCAUGUUUAAUGUGAACUGCACAGCAAAACCCUCCCCGUCACCACGGAUGGAGCUCAGACCUACCCCAGACCCGCCUAGGGUGAG